AUGUCAUCGUGGACGUUAGUAGCAAUAGUAGCGCGCGAUCUGUCGUGUAGAACACUCGCGUGUUGUAAACCUAACUUAUCACUUAUGUUAAAGUCGAUUGUUAACUUAACUGCUGCUGUUACACUAAGAAAUUCUUCGAGGAUGUCGAGUGUACACAGCGCGUGGAAGGAGGAGGUCCAUGACGUUCCCAUGUCCGUCAUCAUCCGGCCUUUCAUACCGGAAUUGACGGAAGAAAAGGUCUUGUCCCUCAUGGAGACUAUACAGAAGGAGAAAGAAGUGGGCAACGUACCUCCGAUCGACAUCCUCUGGAUCAAAGGCUCGGAGGGAGGCAACUACUAUUUCAGCUUCGGCGGGUGCCAUCGGUACGCCGCGUACAAGCGUCUCAACCGACCAACAAUUCCCGCCAAAUUAAUCAGAUCAACCGUGUCAGAUUUAAGAACGUAUUUGGGGAGUAGUACACCGGAUUUGAAAUAA